GACGGGCGUGUCCCGGAAGUGCGGGGGCGCGCGGGCGGCUGGGCGGAUCCCGGUGUCGGCGGCGAGCGGAGCGGGGCCGUGUAAGUUGCCUGUGUGAGGAUGGCAGAGCAGGAGCCGACGGCAGAGCAGCUGGCCCAGAUUGCAGCUGAAAAUGAGGAGGACGAACACUCCAUCAACUAUAAGCCACCUGCCCAGAAAAGCAUCCAGGAGAUCCAGGAGCUAGACAAGGAUGAUGAGAGCCUGCGCAAGUACAAGGAGGCACUGCUGGGUGCUGUCACUGUGACUGCAGAUCCCAACGCACCGAAUGUGGUGGUGACCAAACUGACCUUGGUGUGUGCCACUGCCCCCGGCCCACUGGAGCUGGACUUGACAGGUGACCUGGAGAGCUUCAAGAAGCAAGCCUUUGUGCUGAAGGAGGGUGUGGAGUACCGGAUAAAGAUCUCCUUCAGGGUCAACAGGGAGAUUGUGUCGGGGCUGAAGUACAUCCAGCACACGUUCCGAAAAGGCGUCAAAAUUGACAAGACUGAAUACAUGGUUGGGAGCUACGGCCCCCGAGCAGAGGAAUACGAGUUCCUGACCCCCAUGGAGGAAGCCCCGAAGGGCAUGCUGGCCCGGGGCAGCUACAACAUCAAAUCCAAGUUCACAGAUGAUGAUAAGACUGACCACCUGUCCUGGGAGUGGAACCUGACCAUCAAGAAGGAUUGGAAGGAUUAGCCCUUCCCAAUGCCAAACCCCAGAGAGCGUGAAUCAGACAGUGGCUACCGUAGAAAUCCCCCCCUGUACCAAAGUGCUGACAUUGGAACCCCCUUACCUUCCACCCCCUGUUAUAAUUUGACCAGAGAGCUCAGUUUUGUCAUGUGCCCCCUCCCCAGAGAAUCACUGAGUGCAUUGACCAAACCAUGCUGUCUGCAUCCAGUCUGCAGCUGCCUGUCCCGGGGCUGUGCUGUCCCAGCGCACAGCAGGGAGCCUUCGCUCCCUCGCCAGGCCCUUUCCUGCUUCUCACCUUCCUCUGCUCGGGCAGGUGCCAAAGUGAGGAGACUCCCAUGUCCUGUGCUUGGCUUUCCUGUGCACAGCUCAGGGUAGCUACUGCCUCCGAGUAGCUGAAGAACUUUGAUGCCAGGCAGCUAUCAAACGUGUAUGUUGGCUAAAAUGGUGUCCAGUCUGCCCCUUCCACUCCGCCGGUGUCCUGGGAGCACUGGCAGCUUCAUUUGUGGAUGUUCCCUGUAACCAUGAUGCCUUAAUGUGUAACAUGUAUCCUCUAGGGAGGGGGCCCUGCCCUUGUUACACUUUUUAAAGCCCAUCCCUUGGCAUGGCACUCCUCUUGGUCACGCCCCACAGGGGUUAUUAGGAAAGAUUCACAACUUCCCGCUUUGCUGCUGGUCCGUUCUUCACCCGAGACAGGACAUCGCCCGAGGGGAGGCUGGUGUGAGACCCUGGGUGCUGCCAGGCCCCCUCCUGCUGUCCAGAGCUGCUCCAGCCCCGGCCCUGACGGCGCAGAGCUCCGUGCUCUGGCAGCCUCAGCCCCUCCGAGGCAUGGAGGGGGUCACGGGGCAGGUGGGUGCCAUCGCCUCACUCUCACUGCAGCCGAGGUGGCUGCAAAGCACUGAAACCCCAGGGCAGCUCGUGCCCUCCCGGCUGUUUCGGGCUGGGGACGGGCUGGUCUGUUCUGCAGCUGCUCUCCUGACGCUCCAGAGCUUGCCACGGACGAGUACCCAGAAGCGGUUAAUGCCUUAUGUCUCUGUUCUGCCUUGAGAAUCCGUGCCUGGCCUGUCAGUAUUUAUUGCCUUGACACUCGGCUCCCCUGUGCCCGUGGCAGAGCCCGGCCCUAGGCCCCCGAGGCCAGGCAGGCACGUUUGGCUCCACAGCCCUCCUGUUUGGAUCCUACCACGUUGAGGUCAUGUUAGAACUGGGACCAAGUACAUGUGGCUUUCUCGUAGCUACGUCUUUGCCUCUAACUCGCCCCUGCCCUGCCCCUAGAGAGAUUUUUGUUACGUUGAUUUGGUGCAUAUUGUCUGUAAAUCCUAGGCCCGGGUUAACAGGUUUGGAAUCAUUGCCCGCUUCUCCUUUUAUGACAGUUAAAUAAAAUCUUUGAACUGAC